GUUCCAUGCAGAAUGGAAAAUGAAGAUACUGAGGAACAAAGAGGUCGGUGUCUAUUUUUUCAUCUUUAUUAUUGACAGCUGAGGAAUAAUACAGCUUUCAUUGAUGAAUUAGUGGCUGUAGUUAAAUCAUAAAGACAGAAAAUUAGCAUUGAGGAAACACAGGGAUGAAUGCACUAAAAUACGUUCUAUAUCCAAAAUCUUUAAUAAAUUCAAUAGAAAUAUAUUUAAAUACAUGGCAAACUUCCAGUGCACUGAAUGAUCGUGUUUCUUGAGAAUUAAACUAUGACAUUGGCUUUGCAUUUGCAAUGCUCUAAAAUAGUAAAGCUAUAAAACCAGGAAUUGACAUAAGAAUGACAGAAUUAACUUUUAGCACAUGAAUGAUUACACAAAGUAGAAACAUGACAUGCUUUUUAAUUAUUGUACAACUGUAAUGCUGGAACAUUUUUAACAAAUUACUUUGUUUAUUUCAGAUAUGAUGGAGGUGAAUAAUGCUGAUGGGAAACAGUGGUAUGUAAAAACAAACCAGAAUAUUUCACAAAUAGAAACUCUGAGAACAGGAGGCAAAAGCGUGGAAAGAAUCUCCCAAAACAUGGACGCCUUGUGGAUCAAAAAGAGGUCACACUGAAGAGAAACCAUUCACGUGUCGUCUGUGUGGAAAGAGUUUCAGACUUAAAUCUAGUCUUCAGGUACACAUGAGAAUUCACACCGGAGAGAAACCGUUCACAUGUCGUCUGUGUGGAAAGAGUUUUAGCUGUCGCAGUCAACUUAACAGACACAUGAACAUUCAUGAGAAUUUCCCAAAAGAUGGAAACCUUUUGGAAAACAAAAAUCAUACUCAGAGUGGAGAGAAGAUUUUUGCAUGUCAUCAGUGUGAAAAGACUUAUGGAACAAAACAGCUGCUUGUACGGCACAUGAAAUCUCACGCUGAGGACAAGCCUUUCAAAUGUCACGUGUGCGGGAAGAGUUACGGAAUAAAAAACCAAUAUGAACACCACAUGAAAACUCACACUGGGGAGAAGCCUUUCACAUGUCACUUGUGUGGGAUGAGUUUUGUCUACAAAUCGGUCCUGAUAAAGCACAUGAAUGUUCACGAUGAAGAGAAACCAUUUCCAUGCCAUCAGUGUGAAAGAAGCUUCUCAGAUGCAAGUAAACUUAAGGUUCACGUAAGAAUUCACACUGGAGAGAAACCAUUCAAGUGCCAUGAGUGUGAAAAGAGUUUCAGAAGUAAAGCUGUCCUUAAGACACACAUGAGAACUCACACUGGAGAGAAACCUUACACAUGUCAUCUGUGUGAAAAGAGUUUUGCAGGAACAGCUCCACUUCAGACACACAUUAGGACUCACACUGGAGAGAGACCUUUGUGUGUCACGAGUGUGGAAAGAGUUUCACAUAUAAAGGUGCCCUUCAGGUACACAUGAGAAUUCACACCGGAGAGAAACCUUACACAUGUGAUCAGUGUGGAAAGAGUUUUACAAAUACAAGUAACCUCAAGAGACACUUGAAAAUUCACACCGGAGAGAACCGGAGCUCAAACUCUGAAGAAGAGCCACUUAAUUGAUCAAUGGAGUAAAAAGUUUAUUUCAUCAUCACGUCUCAAGACUCAGCGGAGUAAACAUGCAAACUGUUUGUGGAAAGAGUUUUUCAGAGACGAUCUGUUUGUGUUUUGGGUGUGGUAAAACACCCCUCCUUUGGUGAAAAUCAUUAAUGUGGUGCUUAUGUGUAGUGUGUCAAUAUGCUGCAAGACAAACCAAGUGCAAAUUCAUCAGUCAACAUCAUUGCUGAGCAUUUUCUCAAUAAAACUGCAGUUUACUAAAGACUGUCUCCAUGUCUGCCUGGUUUCUAUGUCACAAACCGCACACAGUUGACAGUCAUGGGAUCAGGUGGUUUGAGCUGGUGUGAAUACGGAGCAGAAGACUAAUUUGCAUAUUCAUGGGAAGCACUUUCUUUUAAAGAGACACCUGUCUUUCUUUUUCCUUUGUCCUCUUUCUUUUUUAAAAGUCAACCAUUACAAACUCCGCUUUAUAAAAAGAAAGCAAAUGACUUGAUUGUUUGAGAUAAUGAAUGAGUUUAUUAUAAUUUCAUUAUGAUUUAUCAUUUUAAUAUCUGCUAUGACCCAUCUGAAGAUGUCAAUGUUAUGUUUAGACAGAAUGUACAUUAUGUGGGAUGAUUUCAUGUAGAAAACAUUAAAUACCGAAAAAUGACUGAGUUUUCACAGCAGGGUCACAAAUAAUAAACCGAACUUUAUCUUAAACAGCCCCUCCUAACUUUACUUUUAUAAGUGUCUGCAGAGCUGUUAGGAGUGUAGCUGCUCUAUUUAAAGAUGUCUAUCAAUGCAAGCAAGUGUCAUUUCAUUUGGUCGGUACUUGUCUUUUGAAUAUCUAGGUAUUGUGCUGAAAGGUGCUCCACGCAUUCUGUUUAUCAGUAUUUACAGGCCUCCAAAAUACUCUCCAGCCUUUGUUGAAGAGUUUACAGAGCUGUUAUCAAUGAUUUCCUCUGUUGGCUGUUUCCAGUUUGA